AUGCCGUUUGGCUUUAGCCUUGAGAGAGUUCAUCUUGUGGGCAGUAACGAUAGCGAGGAGGAUAUGUUUGGUGACUACGACAGCUUUUAUGGAAACGAUUCAUUGAUAGCUCAAGUGGAUGAUAUUGAACACAAAUACCUGCAGGACAAAAAUAUCGAUGUGAAAGCAGCUGGAGAGGUUGUACUUGGGAACCUCCAGUCAGAAGUUCACCAGAAAGAGCAAGAUAACUUUUCUGCUUCAGAAAAUGUGGUUGACAUUAAAAGUGACAAAGAGGAAAAUGUGGUUGACAUUAAAAGUGACAGAGAGGGGGCUUGCCAAAAGCAUGACAGUGACCCACCUGAUGGCAAUCAAGAAUUAACUGAGUCCAUUUUCAAUGACUUGCCAUCGUCACAACUUCUGUAUUUUGAAAAAAUGAAUGAACUUUCUUCUGCUUCUAGGACAUCUCCAGUUUCAAAAGGGAGGGAUGAACGUGUCAAUUCUUCUUCAGACAAAGUCAGGGACCCAUUGUCUUUUUAUGCUGGUGCUGAGCGCAGGAGCAGACCUACUGACUCUUCCUCACACUCGAAGCCUGCUCUAUGUAAAGCUGAGAGCCUCAAAGAUCACCUGAAAAGUGCUAUGACUGGAAAUGCCAGAGCCCAGACUCUGCAGGUCUCCAAGACCAAGCAGCUCAAAGAAGCUGUUUUAUCUGAAGAGAUUUUUGUGGCUAGGAAAGCUAUUGAAUCUCCUUCUGUUGAUAUAGGCCCUUUUUAUCGAUUACCUAGCAAGAGUGGCAGCAUGAUUGCUUAACGUUAGAAUCCCUGCAGCAAAGGAAGAACUUGAUAUACUCACUGCCUACCAGUGGUGGAAAAAC